GAUAGGUCCGACUCGGAGGAUCCAGCCCCUUGAAACGGUAGGUACUCUGUUGGUCAUUAGCGUCGAAUGUAAAGAUAGACUCUAUGUCCGUGCGCGCACAUUUUCGUCAUAAUCUGUAGAGCAGAACCGCUACUCGUCCCUUGACUGUAGAUGCCCGUCUUCAGAUUCUCCCUUCCAGAAUCUAUUCUUUCAACGCAAAAUAUACUGUUCUUAGCAUCUAACUGGGAAAACAGCAAUCGAAUCGCAAGCGACCUUCGACCUCGAGCGUUUCUGCCUCCUUUCACCUCUUAUCUAGCAAUGUCGUCCGAUGCUGUCCCAUCCUUGGGGAUGACCUUCGGCGCGGUCUACAUUUCUACAACGAUAGCAGCCAUCUUAUUCGGAGUAACGAAUCUACAAACGGUCAUCUAUUACCAGAGAUACCCAGAUGAUGGGUGGAUAUACCGAUACUCAGUCGCAAUACUUUGGUUUCUCGACGCUCUUCAUGUUGCUUUCAGCACGCAUGCCUUAUACUACUACCUCGUCGACCUGUUUGGGAACUACCUUGGACUGUCUCAUAUUGUGUGGAGUUUCAAGCUUCAAAUAUUGAUCAGCAAAGCUAUAAUCAUCGGAGUCCAAGCUGUAUAUGUAGUUCGGCUCUGGAAGCUCGGCCGCCACUUCCAUCGAAUACUUCCGUGGUUCGUAAUUUUGAACGUAGCGGCAGCUUUGGGCACUGUAGUUUUUUCAGUUUAUGACGUGUACCAAUUAUCCGUUUUCUCGUCGACAUCGAGCAUUAGGGGAGCGAUAUACGCCGUAUUUUCGGUUACAGCAAUUUCCGAUUUCAUUAUCGCCUUUGCUAUGUGCUAUUACCUACACAAAUGCAGACAGGUUUCCCCUUUCUCCAGCACGUCUGCGAUGCUUCUCGGUUUAAUGCAACUCGUUGUGAUAUCUGGACUAGCGACAGGCCCUUGCGAAGUACUUAUUCUCCUCAUGUAUCUCAUCUGGCCAGAAUCUCUCAUCUUCCUUGCUCUCGAUUUCGUUCUACCAAAAUUCUAUAUCAACUCGCUACUUGCUAUGCAUGUUGAACUCACGGGGGGAACGUCAAACGUGCACAAAAAGUGAAUCUUCGGUAAUAACAGCGAUAAGAUUCAUGCCUAGUGAUUCUGGGGUUCAGACUGAGGACGUGACCGUCAGCAUUCCAAUUCAAGAUUCUCG